GUUGUUGCUAAACGACCACACUCACACUAGUGAUUUCGCGCCUUUUCUCUCCUCGGAAACUGUAAAGCAUGUUGAAACUUGUUAGAAUUUUGACAUCCUGUGCUACCGCUGAUUCUUUACUACAUUGCUUCAGAUAUUGAUUGUACUUUUCCAGGAAUCGGUUCAACUUUCGUCACUACAAAAUGUUAACUUCCAGAAUCGAUUCUUCCAAUCCCAAGCGGGGUGUCAUCGUUCGAAUUUCUUGCAAAAACUUCAUAACCUAUGGUGAAGUUGAGGUGUGUCCAGGGGAGCAUCUCAAUAUUAUUAUUGGGCCGAAUGGAUCUGGAAAAUCCACCCUAGUAGGGGCCAUCAUAUUGGGCUUAGGAGGGAAGCCUAAAUUAAUCGGGAGGUCUGAUGAUCUCAGUUCCUAUAUCAAAAUGGGCCAUAAAGAAGCCACCAUUACCAUAGAACUGCACAAUCCGGAUGGUAAAAAUGAUGUCAUCAGGAGAAAAAUCACUAAAGAUGGCAAGGAAUGCAAAACAUCAUGGAUGUUGAAUGGCGAAAAAGUUUCUCAAAAACGAGUAGAGGAGGUUGUUAGACGGUGUAAUAUACAGGUGGAAAACUUAUGUCAAUUCUUGCCCCAAGAAAGGGUUCAAGAUUUUGCGAAGAUGAAUAUGAAGGAAUUAUUAGAAUCAACGCAGAGGAGUAUAGAGGGUGGGAAACUUGCUGACCAACUAGAUGCUCUCAAAGCUCUGAGGAAAGAGCAAACAGAUUUGCAAAAAUCACUUCUGUCCCUGACACAGAAUAAGGAGUCAGAAGUUCAAAGAAACCUAAAUCUUGAAGGUGAAGUUCGUAAUGCAGAAGAGAGGGAAAAGUUGGUUAAACAGCUUCUCACGAUGAAGCAGAAACAAGCAUUCCUUAGAUUGAAACAGAAAAAUGAUCUAGUUACUGGCUUGAAAAACAGGUUGCAAGACAGGAAGAAGGCCAAUGAAGAUAUUAAGAAAACCCAAAAGCAGUAUGAAAAUGCAAUAGAGGGCCUCAAAAAAGAGCUCCGAAAUCAAGAUGCAGCUGUUCAGUCGCUGACAAACGAUACCAGAAAGCAAUUAAAUGAGUUGCGCUCUUUUAUCCAUAACUCCAGCAACAUCACUGAUAAAAUCGAAGAUAAAAAGAUUGAACUCGAAAAUAAAUUGAAAACGGAAAGUAAAAGAGAAGAGGCUACAAGAAAUCUCAAUUUAACUAUUUCUCGCUUAAUGAAUGAUCUACCUGAAUCAGAUGAAACUAUGCGGAGUGAGUAUGAUGUUCUCCAGAGACAAAUUCAGGAGAGAAAAAACAGGGCCACAGAGCUGCAGGAGGAAGAAGAAAAUCAUAAUUGUCUUCUAAGGAACAAGGACUAUGAAAUUCGCGGAGUGGAACAAGAGAUAGCUCGUGAGAGUAAUGCUGCCAAUUUAAAAAUGGAAAUUAUGAAACAGCAGCAUCCUAAACUUUAUCAAGGUGUGCUAUGGUUGCGAGAAAACAAACAUUUGUUUCAAGAUGAAGUUUUUGAGCCAAUGUAUACUCAGAUUACUGUACAAGAUGGCUAUGCUAAAUAUGUAGAGGGCUGCGUCCCGAAUCGAGAUUUACUUGCCUUCACAUGUAAGAAGGCUGCUGAUACGUCACUUUUGAUCAGAGAACUGAAAACAAAACAGAAGUUGCAUGGUAUAAACGUUGUUACAGCUCCUAAUAGCUGUCUUGAAGGUAGUGCUAGAGAACUUUUCAGACCCAAAGUUCCGUUGAAUGAAAUCAAAAAAUAUGGGUUACAGACAUACUUAUUGGAUGUCAUUAAUGGUCCAGAUCCCAUCUUACAUUACCUGGCUAAGAAUAUGAAUCUUCACAAUGUCCCUGUCGGCACGGAGCAAACUGAUAGAAUGAUGGACAAGAUUCCCGAUUCCAUUGCAUUAUUUUUUUCAGCGGAAAAUAGAUACAGCACCAGGACAUCACGUUACGGGGGCAAAAAGAUUACUUCAAGUUCUGUGAUAGGCGGUGCUCACCUCUUAAAAACAAACCAAAAUGUUAGCCGACUAAAGGACUUACAGGCUCAGCAACAAAAAUUAAAAGCAGACAAGGAUGAUUUGAAUAAGCAAAAAAACCAACUGUUGGGACAAGUCAACACACUUAGAGCUGAGCUGAAUGAUCUCGGUGAGAAAAAAAACAAUUUAAAAAGACAAUUGGACCAGGCCAGGAUUGCAAGGAAUCAAAUAGAACAAUCAAGGAGGCGUUUGUCAGAGCUUCAACGGAACAAAAUCGAUCCAGAUGAAGCCAAACGAAAUUUUAAAGAAGAUGUCAAGAAAUUGAUCCAAGAUCUCGUGAAAGUAAGAAAGAACAUCGCUAAUGUCAGCAAGGGAGUUGAACACUCUGCGACUGAAUUAAGGCUACAGAAGAUGGUCCUUAGCUCCCUCAAAGAUUUAGAAAGAUCCAAAAAAGAAGAGUUAAAUGAUUACAGGAGGUCUAUUCAGGAUGCACUGGAAGAGAUCCGUCAGCUAGAAGAAUCUGUGGCAGAGGAAAAAGAAAAUGUCAAGAGGCUUCAAAGAGAAGCUAUUGAGUUGUGUAGGGGUGCAGCUCCAAACACACCUGCCUUUGAACCUUAUGCCCAAGCGUUUGGCGACUUACCAGAUGACCUAGAAGAAUUAGAAGCUAGCAUGUAUGAGAAACAAGCCAGAGUAGAAAUACUUUCAGGAGCAAAUAAUGAUAGUCUUCGUGAGUAUGAAAAAAGAAAGAAGACAAUAAAGAAUCUCGAAAGAGAUAUAGCACAAGUAGAAACGCGUGUGAAUGAGGUAGGAGCGUCCAUGAGUGCAAAAAGAGAAGUAUGGUAUCCAGCAGUCACAGAAUUAGUGAGAACCAUAAACACCAAGUUUUCUCAAUUUUUUGCCUCUUUCCAGUGUGGAGGGAGAGUAGAGCUGUAUGAAAACGAAGAUAAUUACGAUGAAUAUGGAAUACGUGUAUUGGUUCGUUUUCGAGAUGACUCAGAGUUGCAACCUCUUGACGCUCACACUCAGAGCGGAGGCGAAAGAGCUGUCAGCACUGCUGUUUAUUUACUGUCAUUGCAAGAGCUAACAGAUGUUCCUUUCAGAGUAGUGGAUGAAAUUAAUCAAGGGAUGGAUUCCUCAAAUGAAAGGAGGGUUUUUGACCUUUUGGUUAGAACCAUUUCCUCGUCUAACUCAGCACAGUACUUUUUACUGACUCCAAAGCUGCUUGAUAAUCUAACAUACUCAGAAGAGACAACAGUUCUCAACGUUCACAAUGGUCCCUACGCUCUAGACUACCAAGAUUGGGAUUUACAGAGUUUAAUCGAAGCGCAAACAAGCAGGCCUCAAGUCAAGAGACAGAGACGUUCCCCAUCGUUCAAUGAUGAGAAUGCAGAUGCAAACAGAAUACGCUAGGUUUGCAAUUCCUUUGCUAGUCUUUCAUCCUCCUUAUUGUAUACCUACCUAUAAUUUAAGUUUUUUUACUCUGAUACCGUAUCCUACUCUCAAAGUAUUUCUGUUUUUUGUUGUCAUUAUUUUUCUUUUAUUGUUUUUACUUUUUUACUUCUAUAAUUACCAUUUAAAUAUUACAGUUGAGUCUUGAUUAUCUGGAUUAAUCGGGAACUGACCCAGUCUGGAUGAACCAAAAUUCGAAUAAUUUAAAAAUUUAAAAUUAGACCAAUGGAAAUUUAUACAUUUAGAGUAUUUAAUUACAUAUCGAUUUAGAAAGGCCUUGAAGAAAUCAGUAAGUCUUCUGCCUUUUCUGUUCAGCUUGUUUUCUGGUAGUCAUGUCCCACCGAUUCCGAAAAAAGUAGCUGCAACCAUCCAUUAACGAUUCAGGUUGCGCUGCAAUGUGAUUCAGCGCAUUUGUGGUAGCUUGGAGAAUGCGUUCAGAAUGCGUGCUCCUUCUCACUGGGAAAUUUGUCCUCAUUAUUUUCUUUUCGGGGACCAUGUUUACAAUGGCAUCAUCCGUUAUUUCUUCAAUCUCAUUGACAGUCAACCAAUCAUUGAUCUCCGCUCGGUUCGUUUUCUUUCCUGAUAAUAGAUUGAUUGAAUAUAAUGACUUCUGGUUUUUCUCCUCACCUCAAGGGUUGAAUUGUCAAAUUUGACGGUGUGACAGAAAACAGGUUUCUAUGAUUUCAUCAAUAUCCGAGCAGGAAUUGAAUCCACUGAAUACAACAGAAUACUAAUUUGACAGGUUUUUAAAGCGUAUCUUGACCUAUCAGUUAACCUUGGCUCCAUCACAUGGCCAUGACAUAACAAAAACAUUUGUCUUUUCGGUUGAGUGUAACUGUCAAAUUAGUCCGGCUAAUCAAAGAUUUUGAUGAUGACAGUCUAAAUAAUCAAGACUCUACUGUAGUUUAUUGUUACUUUGAAUGAGGAAAAGAGGUCUUUUUGUACUUUUAAUUAGCCUCCUCCUUCUGUAAUGCUGCUUCGUUGAAGAAGUUGAGGCUGACAUCCAACUAUACUAUCAACCAGCAAAAUUAUUCAAGCUAGCUAGAGAUUAUUUGUGUUGAAGAAACAAAAAAAUCCUUUGUAAGAACAAAACCUUAUUUCUUAUUUCACCAAACUCUUCCUCACCCAAAAACUGAGUAAUCCCAACGAUUUACAACAGCAACUCUAAAACCAUAUCUUUACUUUCUGAAAAAAUUAGAAAAUCCGAAGGUUUUUGGAAAACCAUUCCUGAAAAGAAUUGUAUUAAUAUCAUAUUAUCUGUAACUUAAACCCACUAAAUGAUGAUAAAAGAAAUAGUGAGGAAGUUAACUUUCCUCGUUAAGAAUGUUGGUAAUCAAUACCUUUUCUUCCUACUUUUUUCUUCCUAAUUAAUUUUUGCUAGCAAUGUAGGCCAGAAGAUCACCAAAUUAGAUGACCCCCAUCAUUUCCCUCCUAGUACCAAAAAAAUCGUGUCUGUUCAUGCCAUUGAAUCAAUCUUUGACCUGUCAUUGUUCGCUUUUGUGUUUUAAGUGUUUCACUCCGAAAAAUACGAAAAAUAUAAAGUAAUAAUCCUUGCAUGGUCAAGGAAAGAGUAAACCAAAACAAACUGCAGUGUUUGGCAUUCUAGGGAAAAAUAAUGUUUUGACCAUCAGAACAAGGUCACAAUUUUCAUUAUUUUUGAGUAAAUAGUACAAAUUACAAAAUAUUUCUUGCAGAGCAUUACUCAUCUUUUUACUUUGAGUGGAUCAAAGGUCAUUCAGCUUCAAAUUUGUGUGUGGCGCAUUCUUCUCAGCUUUCUUCCUCAACAACUUUUUGUUAGAGAUUCCUUUUUCAAAUCCUGUCACAAUCUCCAUAUUUUACCGCCUCUUUGGUGCUAUUUUCUUUGUGAAACCUCUCAAUGGAUAAAAUUUGCCCUUCAGUUCAUCCUCAAUUUUUUUAAAGAUUGACUCACUGCACUGCAGGGCAGCCGGUGAAAGAAUUCAUUUUCUUUUUUUCUUUAAGCAGGUACAAGUUAGAUUCGUUAAGUUUAGUUCUGUAUGUAGUUUUUUUUUUUUUUUUUGGAUAAGACCUCAUUGUACAUAUUUACGUCAACCCUACAUUUAUUACUUUUAUUAAAUACAUAUUUUUCUUUCCCAACUUUCAUACUCAAUAUUUUUAACUGUAGAAUAGCCCUAAUUUUCUCAACUAGGGUGCAGGAGGUGCAGACUUGUGAAUAGACAUGUCAAUUCAAUUUCACGGGUGAAAUCGAGUGAAAAUCACGGUGGGCACUUCUGAAAAGUCUGAAAUCGACCUAGCCAACAACCUAAGUAGUUUGUAACAUGCUUUUUUAAAUUUCCUGCACCCCUGAGGAGUUUGCUUAAUGGUCGAAAAUCAGGCUUUUCUGAAAGUUAUUUAAGAGAACCUUACUGCUAUGACCAACAAUUUUGCAAACUGUUACAAACAUUCCUUGCUUAUGAUUUCAGUCAAUUUUUUUUAAAAUUCUUUUCUGGGGAGGGGGGGGGGCAAAAGAAAUAAAUAGAAAGGAAGUUUGCAAGAUUGCCUGUUUUUAUAUUUAUGAAAUCGUUCAUUAGUAACAUUAUUUUGAAAUAUGAUUGUAGAGAAAAGAGUAGCCAAGGUGUUAUAUGUGUAUUCUCUUAUUUAUUUAUUUAAUAAAACUUGCGCUAAAGCUUUU